AUGAAUCUUCCGCGCCGGAGUGGGAAACGGCGGCGUUCAGCAUCGGACUCAGACUCCUUCACGGGAAGCUGUGGUGACUACAGUGACAGCCCCCAGCUCCUUUCAGGGCCUGUGCUGAGCCCGCCCCCCGGCCUGGGGCGUAGUCUGAACCGCGCAGCUGAAGGGGAAUGCAAGCAGACUGUCCCUGAUGACCGAACAGAAAAGUUGCUAUUGGCAAAUUGGGGACUUCCAAAAGCAGUACUGGAAAAAUAUCAUAGUUUUGGUGUACAAAAAAUGUUUGAAUGGCAGGCAGAGUGCCUUUUGCUUGGACGAGUACUGGAAGGAAAGAAUUUAGUCUAUUCAGCUCCUACAAGUGCUGGGAAGACCCUUGUUGCCGAAUUACUUAUUUUGAAGCGGGUUUUGGAAAUGCGCAAGAAAGCUUUGUUUAUUCUGCCCUUUGUGUCUGUGGCUAAAGAGAAGAAAUACUAUCUCCAGAGCCUGUUUCAGGAAGUAGGAAUAAAAGUAGGUGGGUACAUGGGCAGUACCUCUCCAGCAGGGCAUUUCUCUUCUUUGGAUAUUGCUGUUUGCACAGUUGAGAGAGCCAAUGGUCUGAUCAAUCGCCUCAUUGAGGAAAGAAAGAUGGAUCUGUUAGGAAUGGUGGUUGUAGACGAACUGCAUAUGCUGGGAGACUCUCACCGAGGGUAUCUGCUGGAGCUAUUGCUGACCAAGGUUUGCUAUAUAACUCAGAAAUCAGCAUCUUGCCAGGCAGAUUUAGCCAGUCCUCUGUCUAAUGUUGUGCAGAUUGUUGGCAUGAGUGCUACUCUUCCUAAUUUGGAACUUGUGGCUUCCUGGUUGAACGCUGAGCUAUAUCACACUGACUUUCGCCCUGUACCGCUUUUGGAGUCAGUAAAAAUUGGAAGUUCCAUAUAUGAUUCUUCAAUGACACUUGUGAGGAAAUUUCAACCUAUGCUACAAGUGAAGGGAGAUGAUGACCAUGUUGUUAGCUUAUGUUAUGAGACUGUUUGUGAUGGCCAUUCAGUAUUGCUUUUCUGUCCAUCAAAGAAAUGGUGUGAGAAGCUGGCAGAUACCAUUGCCCAUGAGUUUUACAAUCUACAUCAUCGAACUGAGGGAUUGGUUAAACCAUAUGAAAUUCUACCAGUGAUUCUGGACCAAAAGGGCCUACUGGAAGUGAUGAAUCAGUUAAAACGUUUGCCUUCAGGACUGGACUGUGUAUUACAAAAAACUGUACCAUGGGGAGUAGCAUUUCAUCAUGCAGGUCUUACUUUUGAGGAGAGAGAUAUUAUUGAAGGAGCCUUCCGUCAAGGCUUCAUUCGGGUCUUGGCAGCGACUUCUACUCUUUCAUCUGGGGUAAAUUUACCUGCACGUCGUGUGAUUAUUCGGACUCCUAUUUUCAGUGGUCGACCUCUAGAUAUUCUUACUUACAAGCAGAUGGUUGGUCGUGCUGGGAGGAAAGGAGUAGACACAAUAGGUGAAAGUAUCUUAGUUUGUAAGAACUCUGAGAAAUCGAAAGGAAUAGCUCUACUUCAGGGAUCCCUGAAACCUGUUUGCAGCUGCCUGCAAAGACAAGGAGAAGUAACUGCCAGCAUGAUACGAGCUAUUCUGGAAAUAGUAGUUGGUGGAGUGGCAAGUACAUCACAAGAUAUGCAGACCUAUGCUUCUUGUACAUUUCUGGCUGCAAGUAUGAACAAAGGGAAGGGGGGAGUUCAGGGAAAUCAAGAUUCUGAUCAACCUGGAGAAAUUGAGGCCUGUUUGAUGUGGCUGCUAGAAAAUGAAUUCAUCCAGAUUAUAGAAGCUAGUGAUGGAAUAGAAGGAAAGGUGUAUCAUCCAACACAUCUUGGUACAGCUACUCUUUCUGCUUCACUUUCUCCAACUGAUACCUUAGAUAUUUUUGCUGAUCUCCAAAGAGCAAUGAAGAGCUUUGUUUUAGAGAAUGACUUGCAUAUGGUCUAUCUGGUUACACCUAUGUUUGAAGAUUGGAUGACUAUUGAUUGGUACCGAUUUUUCUGUUUGUGGGAGAAAUUGCCAACCUCUCUGAAACGGGUGGCAGAGCUAGUGGGAGUUGAAGAAGGGUUCUUGGCUCGUUGUGUGAAAGGAAAAGUAGUAGCCAAAACUGAGAGACAGCACCGACAGAUGGCCGUUCAUAAAAGGUUUCUCACCAGCCUUGUGCUAUUAGAUUUAAUCAGUGAAGUUCCUUUAAAGGAAAUUAACCAGAAAUAUGGAUGCAAUCGUGGACAGAUUCAGUCUUUGCAACAGUCAGCUGCUGUUUAUGCAGGAAUGAUUACAGUAUUGUUGCAAAACCGCCUGGGCUGGCACAAUAUGGAACUCCUGCUGUCCCAAUUUCAGAAGCGUCUUACAUUUGGCAUCCAGAGGGAGCUGUGUGACCUGGUCCGGGUGUCCUUACUUAAUGCACAGCGAGCCAGGUUUCUGUAUGCUUCCGGCUUUCUUACUGUGGCAGAUCUUGCCAGAGCAAAUAUUGCUGAGGUGGAAGCUGUUCUGAAAAAUGCAGUUCCUUUCAAAAGUUCCCGAAAGGCAGUGGAUGAGGAAGAGGAAGCAGUUGAAGAACGUCGGAAUAUGCGAACUAUUUGGGUAGCUGGCAGAAAAGGCGUAACUGAAAGGGAAGCAGCUGCCCUUAUAGUGGAAGAAGCCAAAAUGAUUCUGCAGCAGGACUUAGUUGAAAUGGGAGUGCAAUGGAAUCCAUAUUCUCCUUUUAAUUCUGAUACACACUCAUUGGCCAGCAAUGAGUCAGACAUGAAGGAACGUACAUUUAUAUCCCAAGCUAAUAGUUCUUGUAAGAGAUUAACAACAUUAAAGAGAAAAAGAAACACAAUAACAUUUAGUGAUUCUCCUGUUAAGCAUUCAUCAAAUAUGGUGCAAGAUUUAGAUAAAAGUAGAGAGCAUGUAAAUUCCUCUUUUAGACUCCAAGAUGGGAAUCAACAUCAGGUACAUUCAAUUUCCAGAGCAAGGAAACAGUCUUCUUUGAACAUAAAUAAAGAGAAAUUAGGAACCUCUCUUAAUGAGGGAAAAACAAGCACUAAGAAAAUUGUUCAGACUUUGUCUUCUCAUAAAAUAAAAAAAGAAGCUUUGAAUUUCAAUUCAAAAAUGAUGAACACAACCAUUCAUUCUUGGAACUAUAAUACUCCUCUAAAUCAAUCCAGGGAUAAAAGCCCUUUGAAAGACUCUGGGAUGUUUAGAAAUGGUAUAAAAGGGCUGAUUAUGUCUAAUCCUAUUCCUUGUAAAGACCCAGCCUUAAAUGAGAAGAGUGUGGAAUUUAGAAGUCCAGAAUCAUUUUCUAAAAAUGUAUCUCUUUGUGCUGAGACUAAAUGCAACAAGACAUCGUUCUCUCCACAAACAGAACAAAAUUGUACAAAGAACAGAAAAAUGGCUAGUGAUAUUUUUGUGGAACAUUUUAUCACAGGAUCCCAAAGUGAAAAAGUGACUUGUCAAGCCACUAGUGUCAUUAAUGAAAAUGGAAGAUUAGCUGUUGUUGAGACAGAAAAAAUAGACAGUGUACUGUUACAAAAUGAUUCGAAAAACCAAAAUGUUGAUGUGAAACCCCAUGACACCCAUACAAUUAACCUGUGCCCUGAAAAGCAAUCUGAUAAACAUCAAAACACUUAUACGAAACAGAAAAAUGUAAUAGAGACACAAAUGCCCCAAGAGGCAAUCAGUAUUUAUGUGAAUAGAGACUCCAGUGUUGCUGCAGUCAAAUGGGAAAAUAUAAAGACUAAUGCUGAGGAAAAUAAAUCAAAUAAUUUUCAGGCAUUAGGAGAUAACAUAAGCAGCACUAAAAUAGCCCAUGGAAUAUUUCUACCAACUGGAACAUUUGAUAAAGCUAUAGGCCAGGAUGAGAAUUUUCUAAACAUCUUGAGAAUACGAGACAAAACAGAUGCUUAUGCAGUAAAGAAAACUACAAAUAAUCAUGUUUCUGAGUUAGGCUUAGUCCUCUGUGAUUUUGAAGAUAGUUUCUACCUGGAUACUCAGUCAGAAAAAAUAUUACAGCAGAUGGGAACUGAAAAUGCCAAAUUAGAGGAAGCAAAGGACACAAACCUGGCAGCAGGGAUGAUGCAGAAGGACCUCAAAAAACAGAGCUCCAUUGGCUCUUUUCAGAAUGAGUUUCAUAUUACUCUUCCUGAUGAAUGGCAUUCUCUAGGAGUGACAGAUAUAAAUCAUUUAGAACUUAAGACUGUAGAUAUUAUGAAACACAGUGCUGAUUCACAUGGGGUUGAUAUACUGACUCCAGAAAGCUCAAAUUUUCAUUCUCCAAUAAUGUUGGGAGAAAAUGGCCCUUGUUUUAAAGGGAAUGAACUUUCUGUUACUGACUCCCAAUUAAAUAGUUUUCUUCAAGGUUAUCAAACACAAGAAACUGUGAAACCAGUCAUAACUCUAUUUCCUCAAAAGAAAACUCCCACUGGUAUAGAAAUAGAAUGUCUGCCAGUUCCUGAAACAAGUUUGAAUAUGAGUGACAGUUUACUAUUUGACAGUUUCAGUGAAGACUACUUAGUAAAAGAGCAACCAUGUGAUGUACAAGUGAAAGAACCCCUUACUUCUGAAAUAACAUCAGACCAUGUCAGUGAUCCUCUCUGUCUACAACCAGAGGGUUCAAUUAAAAAAUGUGAUAUGAGUAAGAAUCAAGAUAGUCAGCAGCAGCUGAACUAUUUCAAUGAUGAGUCUAUUAUAUUUUCAGAAAUGAAUACUGUUCAGAUGGUUGAGGCCUUGGACAAUGUAGAUACAAUUCCUGUCCAAGAGAAACAUAAUACUGCAGUAUCUUUUAAAGCAUUAGAACUAAGUGAUCCAGAGAUUUUAGGUAAUGAUCGUCCUAGAAGAGAAGUAACUGAAAGAGAUCAAGAUGAAAGGGCUCACAAAUCCAAAUUAACUGGGCCAAGGCAAAAUAAUUCAUUCAUAUGGUCGGGAAAAUCAUUUGAUUUAAGUCCAGGACUGCAAAGGAUCUUAGAUAAAAUGUCCAGUCCUCUAGAAAAUGAAAAUCUAAAAUUAAAUACUAUAAACCUGUCUAGUUUGAAGGAAAAGAAUACAGAGUUAAAAGACAAAGAAGAACUGAUUUCAGAUUUGGAACCAAAUCAAGCUCAGGAAAUUUUAGUUUUCCCUAAUACUGAAAUAAAAAGCAAGAUUGAGACACUAAACAACAAUGCCAUUCAUGGUGAAACCUCAUCCCUCUUGCUUUGUAAAAAAGGCUGCAUAGUUGAUGAUAAUGGUCUCAUUCCUCCUACCCCCAUUGUAGCAUCUGCUUCUAAGCUUGCAUUUCCAGGGAUUCUUAGAACAUCUUCUGUAAAGCUUCAGAAAACUGGUAGUGUUUUACAGCCUGCUGAUUAUCCAUUUGGUUCACCUUCAGAUACUGAAAACCUUGAUUUAAUUCCAGAGGGUGGAAAUAGUUUCAGAGAAGACAGUCCUAUUAAAGACAAAAGUGUUUCAAUGCCAUUAUCACAGGAGGAAUCACAGUUAACUCCAGCCUCAUGCAGUUCAGAAACUUUGACCAUAAUUGAUGUAGCAAGUGAUCAAACCCUCUUUCAAACAUUCAUUAAGGAGUGGCAGAGCAAAAAACGAUUUUCAGUCUCACUGGCUUGUGAAAAGAUUAGUAGUUUGACGUCUUCUAAAACUGCUAUUGGUGGUAGGUUUAAGCAAGGUAACUCAUCUCAGGAAACCCAUAUUAGAGAUGGAUUUCCUGUUAAAGGUUGUGAUGACCUCUUGGUGGUUGGACUGGCAGUAUGUUGGGGUGGAAGAGAUGCCUAUUAUGUUUCAUUGCAGAGGGAACAAGAGCAUUCUGAAAUCAGUGCCAGUUUGGCACCUCCUUCUCUGGAUCCAAGCCUGACUGUGAAAGAAAGGAUGUGGCACCUUCAAUCCUGCUUGCAAAAUAAAUCUGAUAAAGAAUGUUCCAUUAUUAUCUAUGACUUUAUCCAGAACUAUAAAAUUUUUCUCCUCUCUUUUGGCAUCUCCCUGGAACAAAGUUAUGAAGAUCCAAAGGUGGCAUGCUGGUUACUAGAUCCGGAUUCUAGGGAGCCAACUCUUCACAGCAUAGUUACCAGUUUUCUCCCUUAUGAGCUUUCACUGCUGGAGGGGAUGGAGACCGGCCAAGGAAUUCAAAACCUAGGUCUGAAUGUCAGCACUGAGCACUCUGGGCGAUACAGAGCAUCUGUAGAGUCUAUUCUCAUCUUCAACUCUAUGAAUGAACUCAAUUCUUUGUUGCAGAAGGAAAAUCUUCAAGAUGUUUUCUGUAAAGUAGAAAUGCCUUCUCAGUACUGCUUGGCCUUGCUGGAACUGAAUGGAAUUGGCUUUAGUACUGCAGAAUGUGAAAGUCAGAAACACAUAAUGCAAGCCAAGCUGGAUGCGAUUGAGACUCAGGCCUAUCAACUAGCAGGACACAGUUUUUCCUUCACCAGUUCAGAUGACAUUGCUGAGGUCUUAUUUUUGGAAUUGAAGUUGCCACCAAAUGGAGAGAUGAAAAACCGAAAUAGCAAGAAAACUUUGGGCUCUACGAGAAGAGGGAAUGGCAAUGGACGCAAUUUAAGGCUCGGAAAACAAUUCAGCACUAGUAAGGAUGUUUUAAAUAAAUUAAAGGCAUUUCAUCCUUUACCAAGCUUGAUAUUAGAGUGGAGAAGAAUCACUAAUGCUAUUACCAAAGUGGUCUUUCCCCUGCAGCGGGAAAAGCAUUUGAAUCCUUUUCUUGGAAUGGAAAGAAUCUAUCCAGUAUCACAAUCACACACUGCUACAGGUCGAAUAACCUUCAUAGAACCAAAUAUUCAAAAUAUUCCAAGAGAUUUUGAGAUCAAAAUGCCAACAGUAGUAGGGGAAAGCCCACCUUCCCAAGCCCCAGGCAAAGGCAUACUUCCCAUGGUCAGAGGAGGAAGUAAAAAGGGUUGUAACCUGAACCUUGGGCACCAGGCACAGAUGGAGGAGAGAGCCUCAGAUAGAGGAAUGCCAUUUUCUGUUAGCAUGCGACAUGCCUUUGUGCCUUUCCCAGGUGGUUUGAUACUGGCUGCUGAUUACUCUCAACUUGAACUGAGGAUCUUGGCUCAUUUAUCCCAUGAUCAUCAUCUCAUUCAAGUGUUAAACACUGGAGCUGAUGUCUUCAGGAGCAUUGCAGCAGAAUGGAAAAUGAUUGAGCCAGAGGCUGUUGGGGAUGAUCUGAGGCAACAAGCAAAGCAGAUUUGCUAUGGAAUCAUUUAUGGAAUGGGAGCUAAAUCUCUAGGAGAGCAGAUGGGCAUUAAAGAAAAUGAUGCCGCUUGCUAUAUUGACACCUUCAAAUCCAGAUAUACAGGAGUUAAUAAUUUCAUGAAAGAGACAGUGAAGAAUUGUAGAAGAGAUGGGUUUGUUCAGACCAUUUUGAGAAGGCGAAGAUACUUGCCAGGAAUCAAAGACACCAACCCUUACCAUAAAGCUCAUGCUGAGCGUCAAGCUAUCAACACAAUGGUCCAAGGAUCGGCAGCUGAUAUUGUCAAAAUAGCCACAGUUAACAUUCAGAAGCAAUUAGAGACCUUUCAUCCAACCUUCAAAUCCCAUGGUCAUCGGGAGGGUAUGUUCCAAUGUGACAGAACAGGAGCAUUAUCAAAGAGAAGACUGCAAGGGAUGUUUUCCCCAAUCAGAGGAGGCUUCUUCAUCCUUCAACUUCAUGAUGAACUCUUAUAUGAAGUGGCAGAAGAAGAUGUUGUUCAGGUAGCUCAGAUUGUCAAGAAUGAAAUGGAAAAUGCCAUAAAACUGUCUGUGAAACUGAGAGUGAAAGUGAAAAUAGGUGCCAGCUGGGGAGAGCUGAAGGACUUUGAUGUAUAGUGGUACAAUUAUGUUCUCCCAGAGGAGCCUGAUAGGUCUUGUCACAUGGAAAAAAAUGCAGUUACCUUUCAACCCCUGAAAAUAGGAACCCUCAGGACUUGAUGGAUUUAAGAGAUUAAUUUUAUACUGAAGGUUUCAAAAUGUAUAUCAGGAUGUACUGUAUGGAGCAUAAGAAAACUUUGUUUUAAGGUAAAAUAACAAGUAUUAUGGUUAUACUCACUCAUGGACUAUGGAAUUGCAUUUUAUAAUUUACUGUGCUUUAAACAGGUUCAGAACCCAUGCUUAAAAUAUGCACUUAGCACUUUGGGUCCUCAUCUGUCUGGGAUGAGUAUGAAGGAAAUGCUCAAAUGCUGUCAUUUCAUCCCUGUCUCAUCACCAGGAUUCCGACGCCCGUGGUAUUGACCCCAAUACAAGCCACGGGCAUAUAAGGAUUUGGUUUCACAUAAACCACCAGGGAUAGGUAUUUUGUGUGAUUUUUCUCCAGCAGCAGUUUAAGAUUACUGAAGUUGUAGUUUUAAAUAGUAAAUUAUGAAUUCCAUAAAGUAAAACUUGGUAUAGACAGAGUCUAGAAAAGUUUUCAUGAAAUGCUGUGUCUUCUUUUUCCCUUACCAAUUCAUACAAUGAAUGUAUUUGGAAUACUUAUGUAUUAUAAAAUGACCUACACCUCUUCAAGAGGUAGGAUAUUUUUUAAGAUCAUAUUUUUUAUUGCAGUUUAAUACAACACUGCCAGAGAAGAAGAACACCCUCUUAUCAAUCUGUAGUCCCUCUAUGUUUGUGGCAUGAUGAAAAUACUCAUCAAAAAAAAAAAUUUUACUUUGUAAUCUCAGUCAGAGGUGUACAACUGACCUUUGUGCUGUUGAAAUAAAAGAAUUUAUG